AUGGGAGCUUGUUUCUCGAAAUCAAAGGAUACGGAGAUUCCUUCAAGCAAAAGAACAAGCGGUAAGUCGAGGCUUGCCACCAGUGAAAACAGACUUGGAACCAAGCAAGACCCUAACUUGAAUGAAAAACAAAAUUACAAACCUACACCACCUACGAACAACCCCAGUCGAAAACUUGGCGAUAACGAGACAAACAAUCCCAGAGCAGUGUCCGAAGGCUCAGCGAGGGAAUCUGCCAGUACCAGAGAAGCAGCAGCAAAAGCAGCCGAGCUUCGUUUCAACAAACAACAAACCCAACGUAAAGAGAGUGAAGCCAAAUUGAAAUCAAUGGCUAAGAUGUCCAAGGCUGAAAAGGGACUAUCGUGAAGGCUAUAUAGAUCUAUAACAUAUCAAUUGCAUUCCUUGU